CCCUCAUCUUCAACAAUCCCUACCUUCUCUUCAUAAAAACCAAGGCCAUCCAUAUAAAAUACACGCAACCACUUUCUCUUACAAAAAAAAAAGAAAAAUAAAACAAACAAUCCAUCAUGAAGGUUACCGCCAUCAUUUUUGCUGCCAUUGCACUGGUUCCUCUCGCCUUGGCUGCCCCCACAGCCGAUGGUAAAUCCACGUGCCGUGUCCGAGUAUCCAGUGCGAACACUAGCAGGGCGUCCAGAUGUUGCUCUAAGUACGAUGGUAAUGCUAAUACCCAAGGCAGGGUCGUCCAUUGUACCUUACCCAUCCGCCAAGAGGGCUACUACCGUAAGUGCCUCAGAGAUAGAGGUAUCUCCAGCACCGUCUAUUGCGAGUAUGACGAUGACGAUGACAAUCGCCGUGGCCAUGGUGAUGGUGAUGGCGAUGGUGACGGUGACGGUGAUGGUGAUGACGACGGUGAUGGUCAUGGUGGUGAUGACGGUGGUGAUGGUCAUGGCGGUGAUGACGGUGGCGACGGUGGUGACCACGGCGAUGAUUGAGAAGGGAAAGAAACGAAAAUUGAACGAAACAAUACUUUUUGAAGC